CAAACAAACAACCCGUUUUAAAAGUAGAUUUUGUUAAAGAUAAAAAGUAGAAAACAAAAAUCAGUAACUUCUCAUCAGAUCAGUCCAUGGUCUACUACUGUUUCUACUUGUUCUGCUGGACUCUCUCCCCUCAAGUCCAUUGAGGAUCACACAACAUGAGUUCUGAACUGCUACCCUUGUUGAAGGAUCACACUUUCCUGAUGUCAAACGAGAACUGUGUUUUCAAAAUCAAACUUCACUAUGAGACGGCGGUCGACGGUGCAGCGCCCCAUAUUUCUCAAGAGACGGCCCACUGUGAAGUUGAGGAUGUCAUACGGGCCGUGAUGUACUGCUUAGAGCGGGAGAAAACGUUAGAUGUUGUGCAGACUGAUCAUUUUUUAAUUCGUCCUUCAAGUCAGCACUGGCUGUUAGGUGAGAAAGUUUAUUUCAAAGUAGAUGAUAAAGAUUUGCGUUGCCAUAGAAAUUUGAUGCUGUUGACAAUUUCAUGCAAGGAGAAAAAAUUGUGUGAAGAGCAAAAGGGGAGGACGGAGGAACUGAAUCGUACAAUGCUUCCAAAUAAGACUGUGCAGGCAAGAAGUUCACCACGACUCUCACCGAGACUCGCACAAAAACUGACAUUAAGAUUGUCACCAAAACAGAAUCCAAGGCUCUCGCCGAAACAGAUGCCAAAACGCUCCACAAAACAGGUGUCAAAACUCUCCACAAAACAGGUGUCAAAACUUUCGCCGACACAGACGCUAAGACACUCACCAAGACUCUCGCCUAAAAAAGCAACAAAGUUCUCAUCAAAACAGAUACCAAAGCUCUCGCCGACAAAGAUGUCAAGACACUUGCCUGCACAUGCGCCAAAACAGACGCCAAGACUCUCUCCAAAACAGACUCCAAAACUCCCACCAAGGCGUUCACCGAAACAGGCCCCGAGAGUAUCGCCCCGACUUAAAAGAUUGACGGCGGUGGGCAGACAUUCGUUGAAAUAGUUGUUAACAAAGGACAUAUAACAGCUUCAUUAAGACAGAGACAUAUAUAUAUAUAACAGCUUCCUCUACACCCAUCAGUCACUAAGACAGAGACAUAUAUAUAUAUAUAUAACAGCUUCCUCCACACCCAUGAGUCACUAAGACAGAGACAUAUAACAGCUUCCUCUACACCCAUCAGUCACUAAGACAGAGACAUAUAUAACAGCUUCCUCUACACCCAUCAGUCACAAAGACAGAGACACAAGUACCGCUUCCUUCACGCGACUGGCACAAAGACAGAGACACAAGUACCGCUACCUUCAUGCGACUGGCACUGGCUAAAAAUAGAAUACUCUCAGUGGCUUGGGACAAAAGCUACAAGUCACAACAAAGUUUUUGUGAAAUAUUUCUUUACUUUGUGAUAUUUACAUUACCUGUAUUGUUUUAUUUCUUCACUUCAGUAAAUUAUUUGGGCUUUUUAGUUCUUCGAGGUUGAAAAUAAAGCUUCCAUAGGU